CCGUAACUUUAAAACGACUGGAAGGAGGUGGCGGAUCACCAUCAGGUGUGGUGGGGUGGUGGUUCCUGAGGAAGUGUGGAUUCCCGGUUGGCUGUGCUCUCCCACGAGUAAGCUGAGCAGUUUUUCCCUUGUCGGCUACUAACUGCUUGAAAUGUCCUGCAGCCCAGUCCCCCGGUAUCAAUUAGCUACCUGUUAAUAUCCAGGUUGUCAGAAAUGCCCUGGAAAAUACAUCAGAAAUGAUGGGGAAAAUAACCUGGGGGUGCUCAGCCGUGCACCUAAUUUAUGCAUGUUGCAUGGAGCUGCGAGAACUGUUUGAGAAGAAGAACUAUGAGCUGAGAAUAGCAGGAGGUGCUGUGAGGGAUUUACUCAGUGGAAUGACCCCACAAGAUGUAGAUUUCGCCACUACCGCUACACCAGCAGAGAUGAAGGAAAUGUUCACAUCUGCUGGUGUUCGUCUGAUCAAUAACAAAGGAGAAAAACACGGAACCAUUACUGCCAGGCUCCAUGAACAGAAUUUUGAAAUUACUACUCUUAGAAUAGAUGUUGUCACCGAUGGACGACAUGCAGAGGUUGAAUUCACCACUGACUGGGAAAAGGAUGCGGAAAGGAGGGAUCUGACUGUCAAUUCCAUGUUUUUAGGUUUGGAUGGGAUGCUGUAUGAUUUCUUUAAUGGAUAUGAAGACUUGAAAAACAAAAAAAUCAGAUUUGUGGGAAAGGCAAGUGAGAGAAUACAAGAAGAUUAUUUACGAAUCCUAAGAUAUUUCAGGUUUUAUGGAAGAAUCGCAGAGAAACCUGAUGAUCAUGAACCUAGUACACUGGAAGCGAUUAAAGAAAAUGCCAAAGGUUUGGCUGGAAUAUCAGGAGAAAGGAUUUGGGUGGAACUCAAAAAAAUUCUUCUUGGAAACCAUGUAAAUCAUUUGGUUCUACUUAUGUAUGAGCUGGAUAUUGCCCAAUACAUAGGACUACCACUUGAUGGAAAUUUAGAGGAGUUUGCCAGAGUCACUAAAAAUAUUCACAAUCUGUGUCCAAAACCGAUGACUGUUCUGACAUCCUUGUUCAAGGUGAAGGACGAUGUCACAAACCUUGAUCUGAGACUGAAAAUCUCAAAAGAAGAGAAAAACCUUGGCCUUUUUUUAGUGAAGCAUCGGCAAGAGUUAACCAAAGCGAUGGGUCCAGAACCACUUAGACCAUAUCAGGACUUCAUAAUGGAUUCUAGGGAAGCUAAUACAAAUUCCAAGAUCUGUGAGCUGCUAAAAUACCAAGGAGAAGAACAUCUUUUAAGAGAAUUGCAGGAAUGGACUGUUCCUUCUUUCCCUGUUAGUGGCCAUGAUUUAAGAAAAAUGGGUGUGUCGUCUGGAAAAGAAAUUGGAGCAGCGUUACAGCAGUUACGGGAUGAAUGGAAGAAGAGUGGCUACCACAUGGAUAAAGAAGAACUGUUAAGUUGCCUGAAGAAGUUGUAAAAUUGAAUAAUAGUAGAGGCCGGGUUGUGCCCUGUUCUGAGUGUAAUGGAGAUACCAGUAAAUCCUCUGUCAGUGUUGUCGCAGCCAAUACAGAGUUUGUCAUGUUUAAGAUCUUCAGACAGCACUGUUCUCCUGUUACUGACACGUAAUUUUUGCAAGGAGAGGUUGAAUUUUGUAGUAGUGCAAAAUGUUAUUUGCCAAAUUCUACCUCUAUUUUUCUAUUUUAAUGAUAAAUCUUUACCUACUUGAUCUUGACUCGGGGGCAUUUAGAGGUGACACCAACAUUUUUCUCAUUUUGACUUUGCUGCAUCUUAAAAAAAAAAACAAAACCAACAAAACCAGACCAAAAUAGGUGUUUCUACCCUCUAGGUAAAAUCAUGGGUGGGGGUUGUGCCUAGGAGAGUAACAAAGUGCCUAGAAAUAAUGAGCUCUAAAUUUUUUUUGUAGCGAAAGCUAGAUAUCAGAUUGAAACACUCGCUCCAGCAGUUCCCAAACAGGCUUACCAUGUGAAGCAGGGCUGUUUGUUUGCUUUCUUAAAAGGUUUUUAUUUUCCAUGAGGCCAGAAGCAAUUUUUAGAUUAAAAGGAUGACUUAGCUGAGUCAGUAUCGUGAACUUCUUGUCUCGUCAGUAGGUUUUCAGUAACGAAUUUAUCACUCGGUGAGUAAAUCCAUGGAAAACUGGCAAAGGGUUCUACAGCGUGUUUUUGACUGUGUUCGUGAGAUCUACUCUUAAUGGCAGGAGGGAAGGGAGAUGCAGGUUCCCUGCCUUUUCCCCCGCCCUGUCUGCUUGCUUGCUUUUUUCUUUCCCAGUGAGGUACAAGCAGGAUUCAGGUGACGGUGUGUGUGUGCCUGCGCAGAGCCACCCCCAGCCGAGUCCCGCGCCCGUCGCCUGCAGGGUGCUCACCCUCUCUGCCUUCUCUCUUUCUCCCAUGUCUUUUCCUGUAACUUGCAGCAGUGAGACCCAGGGCCCUUCGCCUCCUCGCUGAUUUACAGGCAUUCUGUUUAACUGUAGGAUUUUUUUGGGGAAGAAGUCUUUAACAGUCCCUGCUGCUAUCCCACCAGGAUCUUCCCUGUGUUGCUUCUGUGUUAAUUAUCCUUGCGUUUCUUCUAUCUAUCUGAACAGAUCCACAUCAGAAAUGCACUCUGGAUUCAGCUCAAAGGGAAACUCUACAUAAUUUGGCCCUUACAACAUUCAUAAAGAAAUGUGUCAUCAGUAACAUUUUGGAAAACAGGAGGAGUGAGUUAAAACUGAUGGGGGAAGGAAAGCUAGAUGAGGCGGGAGUUGUUUGCCUGGGGUACCCCCAAGACUUUGCUGCGGCGUCAGUGGAGAGUCCGUACUCACUUGGAGCGGGCGCCACCAGGUACGGCUGGGGCAGAUGGUGGGGUUUUGGCGCAGCGCUGCUCCUGGCUGGUCUUAACAAACACGCGUCGCCAUCCCUGGCUGCUUUGAAACAAACAGAAAAAAAAAACCCUGCUGUAGCCGAGAGCAUUGCUAAGGUAUAUAAAUUCUACUGCAGGUUUAAGUUAUCCUGCAAACACAUGGUAACCAAUAGAAGUGUUUGGAUUUCAUUUUCCUCAG